UUUUCCGAUCCUCUCUUCUUCUCUCCGCCAUUUUGUGAACAUUGGCGUCGGUAUUCGGUGUUUAAUAAUUUCGUGUACAGAUAUAGGUUUCCAAUUUUGUAUUCAAUUAACUAUAAGUGUAUUUUGUGACAAAUGUGGAAUAAACGUGUUGAGGAUUAACUAAACAACAUAAAAUUGGCUUACAGAAAAUGUCGCGCUACGGUGACUGCAAAGUGUACGUUGGUGAUUUAGGUAACAAUGCAAGUAAACCAGAACUAGAGGAUGCCUUUUCAUACUACGGUCCCCUAAGAAAUGUGUGGGUAGCGAGGAAUCCACCCGGCUUCGCAUUUGUAGAAUUUGAAGAUCCCCGUGACGCUGAGGAUGCGAUUCGCGGUUUAGAUGGACGAACAAUUUGUGGCCGUCGGGCUCGAGUGGAAAUGUCCAACGGAAGUAGAGGAUAUGGACGCGGGCCGCCGCCUAGGUCCCGUCUUCCACCGCGUCCUUAUGACGAUCGCUGCUACGAUUGCGGGGACCGUGGUCAUUAUGCACGGGAUUGUACACGUCGCCGGCGCCGCAGGUUAUCAUUGGCCUGUGCGCCGAGAACGAACUCUUCAGUGUCUGCACUUCUUAUUGUCUGCGCUACGUAGCUUACACUUCGCGGCGUGUACUCCGCUUAUGUUGACAACUGUAACUUCGCUCUGCGAACUACGUAGUGACGGCCUACGUGCACACUUCACUUUUUGAAAACUACAUUGAGCAUUAUGUUUGUUCAAUCGACGCGACACACGUCUAAUGUAAUCACUGCGUGCACUCAGUGAGUUACACAUUUAUAUCCCACAUUUGUGUUCAGAGCAGGCCUGCUGUUAUAAUCAUUUAUUUACAGUUAUCAUACAGUUAAGUAUAUAUAGUAAGAGGACAAUUCAUUCAUUUACAUGAUGACUUGCACAUUGGGACACGAAGAGGUAAUGUCUGGAUCAUGGAAGGUUUUUUAUUUUCAAAGAUUGCACUAUAGAUUUAAAUUUUAAACUAGGGCCGGGCCGUCUUUAAAUGUGUAUCAGAUUUUAACGUCAACACAAUAUUUUAUUAUAUUUUUUGUACAAGUAUUGGUCAGUCACAGUUACAGCAACAGUUCAAGAUUUGUAUUUAUAAUAUAUUGAAAAUAACUUCUGAGGUUAUAUAUAGACAGAAUUCAAAUUUCUUAUUAAUUUUUGUGUCUAAUCCAACCUUAGGUUAAAUAUAUUAAGUAAGUAUUUGUGAUUAGAGUGUAAUUAGUUUUUGUGUGUGUGAUUGCAGCCGUUCGCGCUCCCGCCGCCGCACGCGCUCCCGCUCGCCGAGAUCAGGCUCCCGCUCACGCAGCCGCUCUCGCUCGCGAUCUCGCUCCAAGGGGAGGUCGAUGUCCCGCUCCAGAUCACGUUCUCCAUCCAAAGAUUCCAAAAAGUCCAAUUAAAUUGCCACCGAUCAUAGUUUAAUAAUUGCAAUGAUUUAAUUUUUUUUAUUCAUAGGACAUCACAUUUAUGUGUCCACCUUGACUAUGUUGCAUCAUUCCUGUCUCUUAAAUGUGAUGUGUUUUAAGGGUACAAUGAUAUAUUGAUUGUGUUAUCAAUAUACUGUCAUAACAAUUA